GAGGAUACAGUGAGUGUAUCGGUAGCAGUGAUCGAACAGAUGGAAGUUCGUCCGGAAGCUUUAGAAAUUUCCAGUAUUGCAUAUAUGAUCAUAAUUGGUUCAUCGGCUAAUAACUUCGUGGAUGGAAUGAGCAAUGGAGUGGCUUUUGCUAAAUCGUUGGGUGAGGGUCUGAGUAUAGGGAUUGCCUGUAUCGCGCAGCAGUUCCCACAAGAAUUAGGUUAG